AGAGAAUAUUAAAUGUAUUUAUUAAAUUAAUUUGAAAGUGAAAUAUAAUUAUUUUGAUGAGAGAGGGGGUAUUUUGGGAAGGAAUAUCUUGUUGUAAUGGAAAACACAUAAUUAUGAGUAAUGUUGAAUUAAUAGGCGAGGAUAAUAUUUGGAAGUAGGAAGGGCGAAGUAUGUAGAGAUAUCGACGUUCCUUAAUUGCGUUGCGUAGAAAAGGAAAAAAUACGGAAAUAUCCAAAUAUUGAAUUGAGGCAUGAAACGACGUCAUCUCAUUCUCCUUGGAGCUGUCUCUCUCACCACUCAGCAGAGAGCCGCGAAAAGGAACCCACACGACGCCGUUUUGCGUCGCUUUCCCUUGUUUUUCAGCAUGUGUUAAAGCUUCUCAAGUCUCAGGUAGCCUUCUCUCUCUCUUCCCCCGCUCUCUCUAAGAAAGGGCUCUCUGUUGGAAAAUCUGAAGCAAUACAACUCCGGUAAUGUCUUCUCCGCCGCCGGGGGUCGCUACGGCCCCGACGUCACCGCCGCCUCCGCCUGGUCCUCCAUCUCCGGCGGAGCUUGUGCUUCCGCCGCCGCCUUCGGGGAACGUCACUCCGACGGCGCAAGUCGCGCCGCCGCCGGCGAUGAUCUCACCUCCGACGGCGUCCGGCAAUCGCUCGACAUUGGUGGCGCUAGGAGUGGGGAUAGGGAUAGGCGGCGCGAUCGUGCUGGUUUGCGUGGGUAUUUUCGUCAUUUGGUACAAGAGGAGGAAGAGGAAGCAUCUUGGGGUGGACGGAUUUGGUUAUGCUCCUUCGCAGAAACAGGGGCUCAAAGAUGAUCCUUAUCAUGGUCCAGAGUACAACGGGCCGCCAGCUCCAGCAUCUAACGCCAAUGCCUUUGGCCUUCCAAAGCCCACUCCUCCACCUGUCAUUUCACCAAAUUCUCACCUAUCUAUGGAUGUAUCUACUACUCCACCUUUUUUUAGUAGCAGCCUGAACUCCUUGGAGGCUAUUCCACAAACAACCCUUCCUACGAGCUUGGAUUCCACAAAAACUACAUUCACAUAUGAAGAACUUGCACUUGCAACAGAGAAUUUUUCUGACACCAACCUCCUUGGUCAAGGUGGCUUUGGAUAUGUUCAUAAGGGAGUGCUUCAUGAUGGUAGAGAUGUUGCAAUUAAGCAACUAAAGAUUGGGAGUGGUCAAGGGGAGCGUGAAUUUCAGGCAGAGGUUGAGAUUAUAAGUCGUGUUCAUCACAGCCAUCUAGUAUCACUACUUGGGCACUGCAUUUCAGGGACUCGAAGAUUGCUAGUGUAUGAAUAUGUCCCUAAUCAAACUUUGGAGUUCCAUUUACAUGGAAAGGGGGGCAAACAUCCUAUAAACUGGGCUACUAGGAUGAAAGUUGCCCUAGGCUCGGCAAAAGGAUUGGCAUAUUUGCAUGAGGACUGUCAUCCUAAGAUCAUACACCGUGAUAUCAAGUCAGCUAACAUUCUUCUUGAUGAAAAUUUUGAGGCGAAGGUAGCAGAUUUCGGCCUGGCUAGGUUCUAUUCAGAUACUGAUACUCACGUCUCCACUCGGGUAAUGGGAACUUUUGGUUAUUUAGCUCCAGAAUAUGCUCUUACUGGAAAGCUAACAGAUAAGUCAGAUGUCUUUUCAUUUGGCGUUGUGCUUUUGGAGAUAAUUACCGGCCGCAGGCCAAUUGAUAGAUCACAAAACUACCUUGAUGAUAACAUCAUUGAUUGGGCAAGGCCUUUGCUCUCACAAGCGCUGGAAAAUAACAACUUUGAUUGCGUGGCUGAUCCAAGGUUGCAGAAAGAUUAUGACUCUGUAGGGAUGGCUCGGAUGGUUGCUUGUGCUUCUGUCUGUGUGCGUCAUUUGGCUCGACGCAGGCCAAAGAUGAGUCAGAUAAUCCUAGCUUUGGAAGGAAACUUACCUCUAGAUGACUUGACCGAGGGCAUUCAACCGAGACACAACAUUUUAAACGAUUCUCAUGGGAGCUCGGACUACGACUCCUUAUACGACACCACACAGUACAGAGAGGAUCUGAUAAAGUUCAGGAAGAUGGCGUUAGAAAGUGCUGAACACACCGUGAGCGAGUACAGCGGCCCGACUAGCGAGUUUGGUCUUCGGCCCUCUGGCUCCAGCAGUGAAGGUCUAAGGAACAUACAAGUGACAUAGUCUGCAUUUUAUUUUUUAUUUUUUUGCUGAGGAUGUUAUUCGAGGAUACUGUAACAGCCAACAGGGGGGAAAGGCUGUGUAAAUUAAUUCUGAUGUCAAUUAUUUGUAGCAUUCUGAUCAUUAGUUCAUGGCCUAUGGAUAUGUUGAUUCAAUAUUUUUGUAUAUAGUAAUUGAAGAUGACCAAAUAAUGGUCUAGUAAUUCGAAAAACUCUUUUUUUC